GUAUAAACAACUUAUUUGAUCUCAAUACACAAGACGCUUGUUAUUGAAAUGCAAUCUUCUGAAUGAUAAUUGACUAACCUAUUUCCGGACAAAAUGAAGAUUACAGGGCAAUUGUAAGACACUUUAAUAAAGAUGGAAGAAAUUGAAGAGUCGAUGGAGGUGGAUCAUCCAAAGGGGAAGGAGAACGUUAGGAAACUGACAAGGGGAGAGAAAUCUAAAAUUGCUGCUAAAGGACGUCGUGAUAAAGAGCAUGAUGCGAUGAUACAGUUAAUGAACGAGUUACCUGUAGAAGAUGAGAUCCUCAAUAAAAUGGACAAGGCCGCUGUUGUUAAACUGACAACUUGUUACCUCAAGAUCAAACACUUUGUACAGAAAGACAUUGCCACAUUUGGACACAAAGCAAUAACAAAUGGAAGUACACAGUGUAACAAGACUAUUGUAGCUGUGCAGGCACAAGCUCAAAAUAAAUGUGGUUCUAUGAAAGAAAAGGAAGGGCAGUUUAUGCUUGAGGCUCUUAAUGGUUUUCUCAUCUUUGUUAAUCGAAAAGGAAUUUUUAAAUUUUCAAAACCCAACCUUUAA